AUGGACUCGGGCGGAUAUAAAUCCAAGUUAUAUUGGCGACAAGCGGCAAGAAUUAGAAAAGCCGACCUCGUUGCAAAGCACCACUCGAUCUCCUCUGUCUUCCUUCGAGAAGUCUUCACGAGGAAUUGCGUGAACCCGGCAGCAGCAAUAAUCCCGGGAGGCUAUCAAGCACAAUCGAUGCCCAACCCGCGAGUCAAAAUGUGUCUCUGUCAACACGCAAUCCCAGCUGACGGCUUUCGAGACUUGCAUCUUGGAGCCAUUUACCAAGAUAAAGUAGAGCUUUUCCGGCCAGAGCCUGGUAUCAACGAGGUCUCGCGUUUCUCAUCAAACCUUGAACGCUUGGUUUACUUUGUAAUUGUUGUCUGUUCCCACUUUCCUGAAGCAGUGAAUGCUGGAACGAUAUCGUCGAGCUGCGAGAUUCUGACAAGAAUGUCAUACUCUCAAUGA